CAAGGACAAGGUGUACCUACGGAACAUUUACGGGAUGAUGCAUCGGGCAAGCAUCGGCAGCCCAUCAAGCUGCAUGGCUGUCACUCCAGAGGAGAGGAUGUCGUCAAGAAAAGUCGGUCGGAGUUCGAGGGUGGUUUUACUGGUCACCAGUGGCUGCUUGUGCUACAACUGCGCCGUCCUCUUCGCGGUGUCCAACGAUUGGGGAUUCGAUAAAAUCGGGCGGCAUCAAGCACAAGGAGAACAGGCGGUCAACACUGUGUACAACAUCGUGGUCUUCACAAACGCAGCCAGUGACGUCAUCCUCAUAUUCAGCAUUUAUUUUAAAGAGUGCACGCAUGCAGAUUCCGAAGGUCGCAGUAUCAUCGGAAUAUUGAAAAUGUUCAUCGCCUGGAACGCCGUCACCAUCUUCCUCUGCUGGAUCGCUGCGUGCAUUCAAGUGUAUUACAGAUACAGCGCUGUGAGUACAUGCUAUCCGCCUUCAUUAUGUGCAAUUUGAAUUCACUCCUCAAUGCACUCUGCGAUCUUAUUCUCAGGAACUUCGUGACGCUGGUGAUUCGACCAACG